AUGUUGACGCCGUUGGCUACGCUACUGCUCUGCACUUUGCCGUUAGGCGCUUGCAACAACACCAAUUUGGUUGGCUCAAGUUUCGACGCGGUGUUAGGGCGCACUUUACGGUACCAUCACAUAGCAAAUGUGGCAAUAUUUAUAGGCGACAAAGAUGAGCACCAAACUGCGCGCAACGCUAUACUUGACAGCUUGGAAAGACAACUGCCGGCGCCGCGUUAUAUCUUCACUGCCGCUGACACGUCCAGGCCGCCGGGCAAUACCUUACGUCAUCACAUAGCGAACGAUGCGCUCAGCGUUGUGUUAUGUGCCGCGUCCGCGGAUCACAUUUGGCGCGUGGUCGAUCAGCGUUUGCGUAAGCUACGGCGCACAAAGCUCAUUGUAGUGGCGACGAGUACGUCACUUGAACCAUUGGACGUGUUUGCCAAACUCUGGCAAUUACAAUUCUUACAUGUCGUGCUGCUGUGCAACAAUACCGUUUACCGUUACACGCCAUUUCCGCAGAUACAUGUGUAUCAGGUGCAUAAUCGCAGCGCCGAUCUCUUUCCACCAGCGCCGACCAAUCUGCAAGGCUAUACGCUCUCCACGCCCGCCGAGAACGAUUUGCCGCGCAUAUUCUUUGUGCGCCAACAGCGUGAUAAUGCGACCAAGAUACGCGGUUUUGCCUAUCAGAUUUUUGUGAAUUUCGUGCGUCGCAUGAAUAUGACGUUGCGCAUCAGUAAUCCCAAUCAGGUGCACGACAUUACGAGCAGCGUCAAUAUGAGCACUAUAGUGCAAGAAAUCGCCAAACAGAAAUUGGAGAUAUCCAUACAUCCGUAUACGAGCAUUCGGGAGCAUCAGGGCAUCAUGAGUUAUCCGAUCUUCAAGUUGGAGUGCUGUCUCAUUGUGCCGGUACAGAAUGAGAUACCGCGUUGCUUGUAUCCCGUGCGUCCGCUCAAAUUAGGUAGUUGGCUGGUGAUAUUCGCCGCUGUGGUCUAUAUCUCAGUGAUGCUGGCGUGGACAAGUCCGUGUGUGCCGCGUGAAGCGCCAUUUCUAACUAAACUCUCGCGCACUUUUCUCGAGAGCAUAGCUCAAGUGGUCUUUUUGCCGUCGACCUAUCCGAGUCAUCAGCCAUCGAUGCGCUAUUUGUUGGUGUACCUACAGUUGGCGCUUUUCGGCUUUCUGCUCACCAGUUGGUAUAAUAAUUUGCUUAGCAGCUUCUUCACUACCGUGCUGUUCCACGAGAUCGAUAUGGUGUUGGAGCAAGUGCCACCGGAGCUGGUACUGAAAGUGAAGCAAUUAAUUGUCGGCUCGAAUUCGAGCGUGCAAAUGGCGCAUCUAUUAAAUUUUAACAACUCCUACGCCUAUCCGGUCACUGAGGAGCGUUGGACUUUUCUCUCACUACAGGAACAGUAUGCAAAUAAGCCGAUUAAUCGGUUUUCGAAAAUCUGUUUGGGUAGCCCAUGUAUAGGUUAUCCGAUGCGUCUGGAUUCACAUCUAGAGGAACCGCUAACACACUUUAUAUUGGACGUGCAGAUGGCUGGCUUGGAUUUUUACUGGUUGCGGUCGGACUUUAAAGAUGCUCUGCUAGCCGGUUACGUGAAGCUGGUCAAUAAUGUGUUCCCCUUUAAGGCCUUGGACUUGUAUACGCUCUACGCAGCUUGGGUUGUGCUGAUUGCUGGGCUGAGUAUAGCGUCCUUUGUGUUUUUAUUGGAGAUACGUGGCGUUUGCGGAAGAAAAGUGUCGAGAAGUGAACGAAGUACAGAGCAGUGGUUUAGUGGAUUGAACCGCGUUGAAUAA